AAGUGAAUUUAUUCCUAAAUUCUUGGAUGUACUUUCUCUGUUUAUGGCAUCGUUUUAGAAGAAAUCAACGUGUAAUCUUGUUACUGAAAUGUGAACUUUAUCUGUCAGUAGACGCAGUUACCCACAAACCACAGUAAGGUUUAAAAAUGCUCACAGUUCUGUAGUGUUGUGAUCCCAGCGCAGCACAGGUCCCCAAAUGGAACGGUUUUAUGGUACUUUAACAAUUUCUUCCGCGGCACUCGAUAAUCGCGUCCACUAUGACGGCCAAAUAUGCAACUGCGUCGACUCUCCCAGCUGUGAAACCGAAGAGCGAUCCCAGUCUCAGCUUUCACUCUUUUCAAAAGCUCUGGACGAUCUAUCGGAAUUUGAUCCCUUCUGUUCCCGGAAACCAUCUUCAGGGAUGGUGGACUGUUUGGCAAAUGACAAUCCUCAGAUAUCUUCCAGUUCGUCUUGCGCAGAUCUCAUUGACUUGGAAGCGCAGAUUCAUGGCGAAUCGCACGCCGUACAAAUUGUUGAUUCACGAUCUGCUGCCAGUCCUUUCGAUCAGAUGUUUCGCGAGGUUGAGGAGCGAAUGCAUCGGCUGUUUGAGCGUUACGCUAAGCUGAAAUCUGAGCGAAGAACACGCCUUAGAGUAUUUCACGGUGGAUAUCCCCACGAAGUCUCCGUCUCUUCUAGUGAACAAUUGCUGCCGGAAUCACUAGGAAUAAGGGCUAAAGACCAAAGUGCGUGUCCACAAAAACCUUUGGUGAAUGACGAUGACUGCAGCAUUCCCAGUGAGUAUUCUGGCAGUUCGUAUGAUGCAUUUCCGAGCCCCAAAAGUCAUGAUCCAUGCAAAACAUUGACGGAAAGCCACGCCAGCGGUAUUGAGCAGGAAAACUGGACAUCACGAGAUGGGAAUAAUUUGCAGGAUUUGCUAAGGAGAACUUUACGAAUGGGUAAAGAAGCCGAUUCUCAGCGCGAUCGUCUUCUCAAGGAUGCUAAUCAGAUGGAAGAAAAUAUUUCUUCGACGCGCAUCACUUCGGCCCAUACACCACACAGUGAAACGGUAGGAGAUUUGUGUCAGUGUGAAAGAAUGUGUUCUUGUUCUGCGGCGGGAAGUCAGAACACGAAUGCAAUAAAAUCCAAGGAUAUCGCCACCUCGCCCAUUGCGCCGCUGUUGUUAAAUUUUCCCGGAGCACAGAACGAUGUUUCUGAUUGUGAGCGAGAUGCCAUUUCGGGGAACGAAGAAGGAGGAUUCGCUAAUCAGGAAUUGUCUCACGAUGUAAAUGUGCACGAUAGCGCCAAAAAGGACGACCGUAGUGUCUUUGGAGAAAGUGAUGGUUCUGACCUUGAUAAAGUAAUUUCGGCCGAAAAAUUUGAUGCUAGUCGAUCUCUAUACGCCGGACCGUUGAUGUUUCCCCCCUCACCAAUAUCCCUUCAAGUUUAUUGGAAUCGUAUUAUGCACAAAGCAGCCAAAGCGACAUGAAGGCUCAUUUAGUAUUUUUACAGACAGCCUUUCUCUCUCAUAAGCAGUUAUUUAUGCGUCGUUGUCAAGAAAGACAGAUGCAGAUUCGGCGAAGACAUCAAAAACGGGACGUUCUCUACGAUGGUGAAAAUGUCCAUCCGGAUUCUUUGUCAACUUUUAAAACUUCGAAGACGGAUACAAACCGCCAGCACGCAGUGCAAACGCGGAGUCUGCCUGUGCGAGGUGAUGAACCUAGAGCUGCACCUUCUGCGAAAUCGGAACAUGCGAAGCCCUUGUGGGCGCGUAGCAAUGUGAUUUCCCUCAAAACUGCGAGGGAAGAAACGGAGAGACGGUACAGAGCAAUCACUAAGCCCCAAAAGGAUCCCGAUGCUUGGAGAAGGGAGGUGCAGGGCCGCCGAAUUCAGCUUGCAGUCUACUCCAGGAAAAUCCGCAAUCGUAAUUUUUACUUGUAUGGACAGAAGGUAUUACAGUGCACGUGCCAGUUAUCUCGUCCACGGAACUUUGUUUAAACAGUUUUUUCUACGUUUCCGUAGUUUUUGUUGUGUUUUAGUGUGUUACUGGGAGUUAUUGCUGGAUGUUUUUGUAUGAUAAAUGAAUAAUUGCUCUUGCCGCUUUCUGAUCUUAUUGUAUAUAGUACUAUGCACUGUGUGAAAUAUUGCGUCAUAAUUGGACAAUAAUCUCGCCUGGUAGCAAUCGGACCGCAAAUCAACUUCGAUGAAAAUUUCUUGUGCUUCUAAUUCCACUUCAGUUUUUGGGCUUUGUACGGAGAAGUGUCACUAGUAGUAACUACUUUACUACAUAUCUACAUGUUGUAUAAAAUAAUGAAUCAAAUUUUGUGUCAUUUUGUAAGGUACCAUGGCAUAAAUUCCUGUCUUGCGAGAUGCACAACCGCCUGCAGGACACAGAUUUCAGCACAACUUGUACUGGGAACACUUGCCAACUCGAAAUCGUCCAAAUCCGAAAAUGGCAGGCCCUCCUGCCAUCGGUGCAUUGCACCGCGAAUGGAUGGACAAGACGAAGAAACUGCAUGCGAGUGCCGAUGAGAAGUACGACUUGCUUAACGUCCGUGACAAGAUCAUUCGGCUCGUAUCCAAAUCUCAAGGCAGUUCCUACGACGAGGAACUCGACAGUGCUCCCCUUCUCAAGGGAACCUGCAUUGAAAUGUGUCCCGAGAAAGAACGUUACGAACGCAUCAAGCAGGAGCGCGUUGGCCUUUUUGAACAAGAAAAAUACAUGGUGAAGGAUUUUUCUCGUCAAGCUGCUGAUCAAGAAAUGCCCUUGCCCAGUGAACUGCGCACACAAGAAGCGCUGCAGACCACGAUGAAUUACCUGUUGCGCGAGAUUAUCGCCAAUCCCAUGGAUAUUCCCGAGGGUUCUUUAUGUGCUGCGGGAUGGUACGAUUUUAUUUGGCGUCGCAUCCGCGCCAUCCGCAAAGAGAUCACGCAGCAGCGCCUGUCGGGAGUGGAAAUUGCGAGGAUACUGGAGCAAAUGUGCCGUUUCCAUAUCGUCUCUUUCCACAUGUUUUGCGAGGUGGAUCGUAAUCAGUUCGACAGUAAACUGAAUCUGGAGAAUCUUAAUGACUGUCUGGCGGGUCUGGAGCGCGUGUACCAUCAAAUGGAACGAGCAGGCGAAGCGUCGCCCCAUCUGGCGGAAUUCCGCGCGUACGAAAUGUUUUUACGAAUCUGGACGGAUCGCAUCGAUCUGGUGAAGAUCACUCUGGAUGCUGCCAAGUUUGACAAAAGCCGGGAAGUCGUCUUCGUUAAGAAAGUCAUCAGCUCGGUGAAUAACAAAUCUUAUACGGAUUAUAUUGCCCUGAUGCGGCAGGCGGACUACUGUUUGGCCUGUUUGAUGCAUCUGUAUUUACCGGUGAUGCAAGCCAGUGCACUGCGCGCACUGUACCGUUCCUGUGGCGGCGGGAGGUCGCGCGAUCCGAAAUCGGCCAUCGGGUUGAAAAAACUGCAGCUGAUGUUGGGCAUUGAGACGGACAUAGAAAUGCUGCGCUUCUGUACGCAUAACAAACUGGAAAUCGACCGGGAGAACGGUGUCGUGUCAUUUCCCACUGGUUUUCAUCCAGCUGAUCCCAAACUGUACAAACGCACCCUAUCCCGACACAUCCACGCGCGAGCACCAGGAAACAUGGCCGAGGCUGUAGCCAAGCAGAAACUGGAAGAAAUUCCCGCACCGCAGAUUGUCGAGAUCUGUUCUUUUGAUGACAAUGGAUUGUACAUUGGAAUCGAUCCGUUCGAAGUGAUCCCCGGGAAAGAGGAGGAAAAUGUUAAGCAGACCCCUGCUGCCAGAUCUCCGACUACUAAGAACCACGUGGAUUUUGGCUUUGACUCACUAUCCUCCGGAGCUAAACCUUUAUCAGUCAGCCCUAUGCGUUUUGAUGUCCCAUACGCACAACCUUCGAAUGCUUUCCAGUUUUCUGCAAACUUGCUUCCUAGUUCCCCGGGGAUACGGUUGCCCAGUACGUCGUUACCUACUAUUAACUCUUCACUUUCUGGAUUUACUCGUGGAAAGCGCGUUUAUUCUGAUUCUGAUGGACUGGAUGAAGAUGUAGUGGAAAUUCCGCAGUCUCCGAAUGCAAAACGGGUACACGUAAAUGACCCUGUCACCGUAACCCCGGCCCGGCGGCCAUCCUUGGAAAUUUCCAGGCCGCUGCAGCGCACUCCAUCCAGAAAAGUGGAGAGUCCCAUUCCUCUUGAAGACGCCAUCAAAAAGCCCAUAGAGGUGGUGGAGUUACGAAGAUAUCCUAAUCCCACGCAUCCCGUGUUACUGCAUGCACGAAGUAUAUGCCAAGCUCAAGCUGCAAUGAAAAAUGUUUUUGUUUCCUGGAUUGAUCAUAUCCGAAAAAUUCGAUCUCCAACACGACACUUUGCCGACCUUGUUCCCACUGAUGAUCAGGUGGAAUUUGCGGAUCGACUACGCUAUCACGAAGAGCGUCAACUGCUAUGGUCGCCAUUUCCUUUGCGGAAUAUCUUUUGUUUGCCGCAUAAUUCUGAUUUGGUUGUUUGUACUGUGAUGAUCAUGGUCGUGUCCAUUGACUCUGAACAUGAACCAAUGUCUCGAUGGCUCCAUGUGAAAUUCGGUCAAGUCACUGGUGAUAAUGCCGAUCCAGUGCAUGAACUCACAUGCGAAAGUGAAGGUCGCUCGUUGCGGUUAAUUUUUAUGGAGGCUAUCGGUAACAGUACAGUGGAAAAUAUUGAACGGUACGCCAAGGAGUUGAAUGGUGUCAUGCUUUUUUGCCGCUCACGUUCUGAUCUCGAGUAUGGAAAAGAACGAAUGGACGAACUGAAAAUACUUCGUGCUAAUCGUCCCACUCUACCGGUCGUAGUAUUCUGCUGUGAUGCGACAGUAACGCGCAGCGAUAUUGCAGAUUUGACAACAAACGAGGAUUUAUUGCUAGAUUUCUUUGUUCCCCAAGCUAAUGCAUCCUUAGUGUUGGCGUGUGCUGUUUGGGAAUCGUUUUUAUGGGUCAUCCAACAUCGUGCGCGAAAUCCCCAUCCUGUGAUAACUACACUAAGCAGUGUCCUAAGUGAAAUGUUUGGGCAAUUUGUGACAAUUUAUCGCACCGUAAAACGAGAAAUUCAAGAUGAUUUGUCAUUGGGCGAUACUGUGUGGAUUUGGAACCGAGUGGUGGAAGUGUGCCUGGCAAAUGUGGAGUUGAACAUGUCGAAGGAAAAUUGUGGCGAACCUCUACUUCAAAUGAUUGAUGCAUCUACAGUGCUGUCUUUCUUGAAGUUGGAGCAUGAAUCAUCAUGGACACGUUCACCGUUUAAUUCGAAAGUAGUUCCUUUCGCUGGAUUAUUUGAAAUUGAAAAUGAAAAGGAAAGAAACCGGGAUGUUUUUGCUGCAGCUUCCGAGAAGGUGGCAGCAGUUAUGCCAGCAUCAACAGGUUCCGAUCCUGUAAUUUUAAGGUACAGCGACGAAUUACCUGAUUUUGAAUUGCUUUUGCUGGAGUUGUUGGAGAAAUUCGAGGAAUAUGCGCCUGAUACUGAUGCCACAGAAGUUGCAUUCUCCCAGGAAAAUACUCCAGACUCUCAACACGGAAUGUCCAACACCGGUGCGAUGAAUGCCGACCGAAGACCUGUAUUAUCUGACAAUGAACUGGAAGCAUUUCAGCAGAAGAAACUGGAGGUAUCCAGGUGGUUAACGGAAGUUACAAAUCUAUUGGACAACGUCGACAUAACAUGAUUGAUCGAUCUUUCAUUGCGAAUUUUCUUUUUUUACUUUACAUUUUGGUGACCCCACGGAGCGAUUUGACGAUACUAACAGUGUACAUACGUUUUGUGGUUACCACUUGUUUGGUUUUUUACACGAUCCCGCCACGCUGCCUCGCUGGUUUAUGUAUGAUUCUUUUCUUAACUUGUUAUAAUAUACAUCUAUGUUUUUGUAGCUAAUUUUUGUGCAUUCACAUAAUAAUU